AUGGAUAAUUUUUCUACAAAUACGGAAUGCUUUGUUAAUUGGUUGGAAAAGAACGCCAAAAUUGAAGUUUCCCCAAAGAUUAAGAUCAAGGACCUCCGUUCUGAUAGUCAAGGCCGCGGAAUAGUUGCCAUCCAAAAAGUCAAGAAGGAUGAAGUGUUGUUCGAAAUUCCACGAACUUCGGUUUUGAACAUAACAACAUCUAAACUGGUGAGAGAUUACCCUUGGCUCGAAGAGAAGUUUCUGAAUGAAAUGGAGUCAUGGGAAGGUUUAAUUAUAUGUAUACUUUAUGAAAUGGAAGUUUUGAAAGAAAAGAGCCAAUGGGCGCCCUACUUCAACGUUUGGAACAGGCCUAAAGAUAUGAAUACGCUGAUCUUUUGGAAUGAAAAGGAAUUGGAAUUAUUACAGCCUUCUCUUGUACUUGAGAGGAUGGGGAGAAAAGAGGCCAAAGAAAUGUAUGAAGGAAUUCUUAAAAUGAUUGAACAAAUUGGCGGAAAACUUGCUGAUGUGGCUGUGCAUUUCGAGUUCGAUGAUUUUGCCUACAUCGCAAGCAUCAUUUUAAGCUAUUCUUUUGACAUGGAAAUGCACGAUAAUAAUGCAGAUGAAAGUGAAGAAGAUAGCGAGGAAGAACCUGAAAGUAAUCGCUAUUUGAAAUCUAUGAUUCCACUCGCUGAUACACUGAAUGCGGAUACCAGUAAAUUUAAUGCCAAUUUAACAUACGACUCGGGUUCAUUGAAGAUGGUUGCUGUAAAGGAUAUUGGGAUGAAUGAACAAGUAUAUAAUGUUUAUGGAGAGCACCCAAAUUCUGAGAUAUUGAGAAGAUAUGGUUAUGUUGAAUGGGAUGGUUCCAAGCAUGAUUUUGGAGAGGUUUUACUCAAAGACAUCGUUGAUGUAUUAAAAGAGACCCUUAAUGCAAGUCCACAAUUUUUGGAAAGCUGCAUAGCCAUUUUACGUACUAACACCACUAUUCAAGAUUUAUUGGAAGGCGAAGAUAUAGUAUUGAAUUCAUACGAAUGUUAUUUUGAUGGUGAAUCGGUCCCUCAAUCAAUAGUUUUUGUUCAAACCUUGACUAUUCUCUGCCAAAUUCCAGGUUUAUCUGAAAUGAAUGGGAAGAUACUAGAAAGACAAGUAGAAAGAGUGAUAAAGAAGUGUUUGCAACUGAUAGAAGGGGGCCGCGUUACAGAAAACUACCAUACCACAUGGAAGCGUUGCAUUACCAAGCGUCUAGAAAAGUAUUCUUUGAAAAAGAUCGAUUUAUUUAAGCCACCAUCAGAGAAGGAUCUCUUAACAGACGAAGAUCUAAGAGGUCUGAUGGCUCAGAGAGUUUUAAAAAGCGAAGUAGAGUCACUGCGGGCGUGUGAGAACUCGGCUGGCAAGAACUACAAGAUCAUACCUGACCAAAAACUGCUAGCAAACAUCUUGAAGAGCAAACCAACAACGAGCGAAGAAAGUGCUGCCAAGCGUCCUUGUAUUAGGAAAUAA